ACUUCAUAGACCUAUCGAACCACUCAGGACUCAGGAAGACGAUAACUUCGUAGACCUAUUGAACCACUCAGGAAACUUUUAAAUCCCCGUCUAUAAUGAUAAAUUGAGUGAGUCUCUUGAAUAAGAAAUUUGAAUUUACAAAUAUCAGAUAUGGGACACAACUAUAAAAAAAUUUCAUAAUAUAAACAAUAAACUAAAGCUUCUGCAAAAAUUGCCAACUUAAAAUAUUCACUGCAUACUGAACUGCAAAUAUAUGAAAAACUUGCCACAGAAAAAUGUCAUUUUGUUGGCAGUGGCUGACUUAUAGCAUGCAUCAAUGUAAUAUUUUUUUGACAAUGCACAAAUAUCUUAGAAAGACAACAAAAUAACACAGCUGGAACAUGUAAUGAAAUCGAUCAAAUGCAACUUAGAGGCGACGUGUAUAAAGGGUACUUUUGACAUUGUCAUUACAUUCCAAUAAUUCACUGUUCACAAGAAAAAUGGUGUAGUAAUGCAGGACUCAUACACUGAUCAAACCAGAAUCUGAAAUUUGAAAUAAGUUUGGGACUGAAGUGUUAGACAAUAGGAUUUUUUUGAUGUUUAUUGAAAAUCAGCCGAGACUAAAUGAUAAAAUUCGAGUAGUUGUUAUGGAUAAGACCGGAUUUUUUAAAAAAAAUUGCCAAAUUUUUUUAAUUCAGCCCGAGCUUAAGCCUAAUUAGCCCUUCCCCGUUCCCCUUCCCGAUUCUGCUACUGACCUCCUGCACAUGUUCUGUCAAGAAAUUUCCCGACACAGUGUAUAUUAUUAAUAUGUUACAUGUAUUAAAAGAAUUCACCAGUAAGGACUGAAUAUACACCAAUAAUAAGCACAUCAUAUAUACAUCCAAGUGGAGUUCUAAGUGGUGAGUAGGAGUUGAGAAAAAUGAUAGAGCAGAGGGUAAUGGUUCUGUUGUACCUUGUGGCUUUAUCUGAAACAUUUCAACAAUGUUUCUCUUUUUCCAAUGAUCAGCUCGUGAAGCCGGAGAAUGUUGCUUAUCAUAAGGGCUCCUCUAUAAUCUUGCCCGUCUCAGGAAACGUUUAUCCCAAAGGGUACUAUCAUGCAACCGUUAACAUAGGCAAUCCACCCAGGUCUUACUUUCUUGAUAUAGACACUGGAAGCGACGUUACCUGGCUCCAAUGUGAUGCACCUUGCAUCAAAUAUUUUCCCCCAAGUCAUGUGACAAUAAACAAGCCAAGCCUGCCUGUCAUCUCAGCACCUCACCCUCUUUACAAGCCCAGUAAAGACAUUGUGAAAUGUAAUGAUCCCUUUUGCGCGUUGUUUCACUGGCCAAAUAGCGUACCCAGUAAAAGCCCAGAAGAACAAUGUGACUAUGAAGUUGUAUAUGCUGAUCAUGGUUCAUCUCUGGGUGUACUGAUAAGAGAUGUAUUUCCUCUGAAAAUGACUAAUGACAACACUGCCUUUCCGCGUCUGGCUUUUGGCUGCGGUUACAAUCAAGAAGUUGCAAAUGGAGUGCCUCCACCUUGUACUGAUGGAGUCCUUGGUCUUGGUAAUGGAAAAUCAACUAUUUUAGCUCAAUUGCGCAAACUUGGUCUGAUGCAAAAUGUGUUCGGUCAUUGCUUUAGUGCACAAGGGGGAGGAUAUCUCUUCAUCGGGGACAAUAUUCUCCCUUCUUCUGAAAUUGUCUGGGCGCCAAUGUCAAGAAAGUUUAGCAAAGAUCACUACUCUCUGGGACCUUCUGAAUUACGAUUUGAUGGGCAAGCUACUGGAGUUAAGGGCAUUCCAGUUAUAUUUGAUAGCGGAAGUACUUACACCUACUUCGGUUAUCGAGCUUACAGAGCUCUACUCUAUAUGUUAAAAAAGAACUUAAACCAGUAUCAGUUUGAAGAUGCCAACGACGACAAAACUCUCCCUGUCUGCUGGAAAAGCACAAAAGCCUUCAACUCCAUUCACGACGUCAAGAACUUGUUUAAGCCGUUGAUAUUGAGUUUUCCAAAUUCCAAAAAUGUGCAGCUUCAGUUGUCUCCUGAAGCGUAUCUUAUUGUCUCUGAUCGCGGAAAUGUGUGCUUAGGCAUUCUAAACGGAGCUGAUGUUGGACUGGAAGGAACUAUCAUAAUUGGAGACAUUUCUAUGCAAGAUAAAUCGGUGAUCUACGACAACGAGAAACAACAGAUUGGAUGGGUCUCUGCAAAUUGCGACAGGCUUCAAAUGCCCUCUUGACUCCAGAGCCCUUCUCUUGUCUUUCUUUCACAUUAUAGAUUGUCAGUCACCAGACCUUGUGUGUUCUUGUUUUUGAUAGUAUCGACCAUCGUCUGAUCAGAGUUCUUGUAAUAAAUUCGAGAAAUAUUUAAUGAAGAGAAUGCAAUAAAUUUUUUUUAACCUUGUACUUGUAAUUUUUGUUAACUUUUUGUUUUUAUUAAACAUUUUUGCCUAAAUCAUGUUAGUAAUAUCAAUACCAGACAUAAGCUAAUGUGUGGCUACAGACAGCUGAACAAAAUUUGCUUAUGUUGUUUUGCAUGAACAUUUUUAAUACAUUUGACAUUUUCAUCCUCCA